AUGAACCUCACUGGAAUCACUCCUGCUUCGCUUAAUAAAAAAAGGGGUAGACGACAGGGGUCAAACAAACAAGUUUCACCCGAGAUUCUUAAGAGGUUGGGUGAGGCUCUUCUUCUUCUCGCAGAUAAUAAAGGCAGUGAGGCUUUUCCUAUUUUAUUAGACAUUAUUAAGGAAGCACCAACAUUCGAUCAAGCUUAUUAUUACCUAGCACUUGUACUUGACAACCUUGGUAAGACUGACUCAUUUUCUACUGAAGCAUUGAAGAGUGCUGCAUAUUUAAAAAAAGGUCCAAAUUCACAUGUUUGGAAGUUGCUUUACGACAGGGCCAAGGAACAAGGGAACAUGGUGUUAGCAAGAUAUUAUGCGUCCAAAGCAGUAAAAGCAGAUCCAGAGGACAUGGAUCUGAGAUAUGAAUAUGUAGAGCUCUGCCUAAGUGCUGGGGAAUAUAAAGAAGCUGCUAAAACCUAUGAGAAAAUAUUUCGUCGGCAUCCUGAGAUAAUUGAGCCACUCAAGUCGGGGACAAAGUAUUUUCUAAAAUCCGGCGAGGGUGAACGAGCAGCAAACAUGUUAGAGGAUCAUAUAAAAUCUCAUCCAUCUGAAGUGAGGCCCGAUAUCUUGGAUCUACUGGCUGAUGUUUUGAUGCAAAUUAAUGCGUAUGAUAGAGCUCUUAAGUACAUUCAUGAUGUGCGCCACCAAAUUUACAAACUAGGAAAGGAACUGCCUUCCAGCUUAAUAAUCAGACAAGCCAUCUGCCAUGUUCGCCUCCAAGAAAUGGAGCAAGCAGAGAAUGUUUUAAGAAUUCUACCACAGGAGGCUGUAUCUGAACAUCCAAAGCUCAUCAUCGAUUUGGCUGAUGAGCUAACAAACAUCGAGAAUUUUCAUUCUGCUCUCAAAUACUAUUUGCUAGCAAUCAAUGACACUCUGAAUAAUGGCUAUUUGAUUGUGAAAAUUGCUCGCUGUUAUAUGUCGUUGGGAAAACGAGAACAGGCCAUCGUUUCCUACUACAGAGCUUUGAAUGAAGUCAGUGAUCCAAUUGAUGCUCGCAUAACUCUGGCUUCACUUCUCCUGGAAGAUGGCAAACGAGAUGAAGCUAUAUCAGUGCUUUCUCCUCCGGAAAAUCCAGAUCUUGACACGUCUAUACAUAAGGCAUGGUGGAAGAAAAGAAAGAUAAGGAUGCAUCUUUGUCAGAUGUAUCAUUCGGAAGGGAUGCUUGAGGAAUUUGCCAAUACAGCAUUCGAGUUGGUUCUUAAGUGGGUUGGGCGGCGUAUGGAAGAAGCUAUCAAGGAUGAAGAGUAUCACCGUCUCUUUGUUGAUGUGUGCAAGGCAUUGACUUCCCUGCAGAGAUAUGGGAAAGCUCUGGAGAUAGUUAACCUGGCUAGUAUAUUGGAUGCCAAAAUGCUACCUGUUGAGAAGAAAAAAGAGCUUCAGUCACUUGGAGCUAAGAUAUCAUGUGAUACUUUGGAUCCAAAGCAGUGGCUUGACUGUGUAAGACAUGUCAUUAAGCAACACCCAAAAUGUCUGAAUGCCUGGAACUGCUAUUACAAAGUCAUCUCAAGACUAGAGAAAAUAGCAUCGAGGGACGCUGCUAAGUUGAUGCAUCACUUAAGAAGCAAGAGCAGGGAUUGUGUACCGCCUAUUCUCAUCGCUGGUCAUCAUUUCACCGUGACAAGCCGACAUCAAGAUGCUGCUAGAGAAUAUCUUGAAGCAUAUAAACUAAUGCCUGAUAGCCCUUUAAUCAACAUCUGCGUAGGAGCUGCUUUAAUCAACUUAGCACUCGGUUUCAGACUCAAGAACCGGCAUGAGUGUCUCGCUCAAGGCUUUGCAUUUUUAUACAAGAAUAUAAGAAUCUGCAGCAACAGUCAAGAGGCGUUGUAUAACGUUGCUCGGGGGUAUCACCACGUAGGUCUUGUGACUCUUGCGGCUUCUUACUACGACAAGGUUUUGGCGAUGUACGAGAAAGAGUAUCCGAUGCCGAUGCCGAAACUCCCAAACGAAGAUCCAGACGGUGCGGAAGAGCGUAAAAAAACUGUUAACUGUGACCUACGCAAAGAGGCUGCUCACAAUCUGCAUUUGAUCUAUAAGCACAGCGAGCGUUUGAUCUCGCAAGGCAGGUCUUAA